CUAGAAAUCUCUAUCUCUCUCUCUCUCUCUCUCACCAUUUUUGUAAGACGCAAACGGGAAAAAUGCAGCACCAGCAGCACAAUCCUUCACUCGAUUCCGAACCUCAACUCCCACAAAUCAAAAUCCACCACCCCUCCUCUCCUCGUGUCCACAGCCCCGCUCUCUCCGCCGCCACUCCCACCCCAACCGCCGGUGCCCGCCGCAAAAUUGGCGUCGCUGUUGACCUCUCCGAUGAGAGUGCCUUCGCCGUUCGCUGGGCCGUCCAGAACUACAUCCGCCCCGGGGAUGCGGUGAUCCUCCUCCAUGUUAGUCCUACGUCUGUCCUGUUCGGUGCUGAUUGGGGGGCCAUCGACCUUACCAUCAAUACCGAUCCCAGCUCGGAGGAAAAUGCCGUCAGUAACCUCACUAACAAUGAGCACUCCAAGAGAAAGCUUGAGGAUGAUUUCGAUGCUUUCACAGCGUCUAAGGCUGCUGAUCUUGCCAGGCCGCUUAAGGAUGCUCAGAUUCCGUAUAAGAUCCAUAUUGUGAAGGAUCAUGACAUGAGGGAGCGUUUAUGCUUAGAGGUGGAGAGGCUGGGGCUGAGUGCCGUGAUCAUGGGUAGUCGAGGGUUCGGCGCGCUACGUCGUGGCAGCGAUGGAAGGCUUGGAAGCGUUAGCGAUUACUGCGUGCAUCAUUGCGUUUGUCCGGUCGUGGUGGUCCGGUAUCCUGAUGAUAAAGAUGGUGGAAAUGGUGCCGGGAGCGAUGGUACUGCCGUGGUGGCAAUGAAAGUGGAGGAAGAGGAUGAGGCAGUAAUCAAGACGGUGCCAGUCCAACAAGAACAUAAAAAAGAAGAUUAGCUGAGGCCACGUUGAGCUUUAUUUUGCAUGGACAGAAUGCAUAUCCCAACUGGGAUUGGC